UAGCACUAGUAGUUUGUGGAGUGGCAUGUUCUGGCUGCACUUGUGCUAGCAGUGUAACCCUGCUGCCUGUCCCUUUGGCCCAUGUAUUAACAGCUGCAGAAAAAACCUAAGCACUCUAUAGACAUAUUUCUAUGAAGAGAUGGAAAUUUCAAAGUUCAGCUUUCCUGUACAUCUAAAAUAAUUCAACUGUAUCUGGAAGAUUCUUCUGUUUGUCUCUCCCAUCCCAAAGCAUUGAUUUACGUAUUAAAAAAUAUUUCUAACAGGCAGUCACUGACAGUACUACCCAUGAAGUUACAAAAUCCAGAGCUGUGAGGGCUACCCAGUAGUUAAGGAAAAGUAUGUUGGGAAGCAGCUGGAAUUAGCCAGUAAAGCAAAACUAGCUCAUUCAGUAGCCAAUGUAAGUGAUUAAGCAGCAUCUUUGGCUUUGAAGUGGCAAUAAAUUGUUGUAGGAGCAAUUACACUGAAACUUCCUAUUUGCUUCUAAUUAUAUGUCUUUCUGCUUCAUGAUGCUUUGUUGACUUGUUGACACCAUGGACAAAGUCUAUUAAUAGAGUACAACUAUGCAACAGUCUCUGGUGACCAUCUUUCUGGUCAGGUCUGCUGGAGAUGAUGCACCUUCAGGCUGGGACAGAGAAGGAACAGCACCUGCCUUUACUACUAGUAGCUGUAUCCAGCUGUUUGAUAUGGACCUUCCCUUAAUCUAUGGUGAUAACUGAAAGUGCUGCUAGAAAAAGCUCACUAUUUAAAUGGCUCCACAUACUACUUUACAUUCUAAAGGAACACAGUACCGCCAGGGUUUGUGACCUUUUUAUUGGUGUGCUUUAAUAAAAACUUUUUAACUUCAGAUCAUAAAAAAUCUUUAUAGCCACCUCUAGGCAGGGUAUGGAAGCGGAUUAAUAGAAUUCAACAGCAGUCCAGACACUGCAAGAAGAUGGAACAACCAAGAAAGUAGUUAAGUACCACAAAGCAGUUGAUUUUACAAAACUCACAUUGUUGCCCAAGAAAUAGGUAAUUUAAUUAUAGCCUGAGAAGGCAACAUUCUAUGACCUAAAAAUCUAGGUAAUCACUGAAUUAUGUGCCCUUCACAACACAAAGGGCAAAGGACAUUGUAAUAUAACAGAAGGCAGAGACUGUCAGAAUGUAGGUGUCACACUACAGUCUGCCUGGUUAACAAAAGAAGUUAUAUAUGGAGGCCACUAAAAGCUCAGCAUCUAACUAGGUAUGAUUUCAACAGUGGUUUUGAAUACUUUCACUCGCUUUGUCUGGGACAGUGUUUUUAAGUUUUCACCUUUUUUCCUCACAUGUGAAGGCUAUGGAGGAAAACAGUUAUUCAUUCAGAAAUGCAAAAAUUCAUUUAUCCACAGGACUCUGAGGCUAAAGGCUUUUAAGAAAGUCAUCAGCUAUCAUGAUAGGCCAAAUAGUUAAGGGCACAGUCAACACCAGAUCACCCACCAAACCACUACUGCUUUUUCAUCCAGAAGGGAAGACUUAAGUCCUUUUAACUUGCAGAUUUUCACAAAAUUCCCUUCCUCCAGUAGAGGUAGUUUUCUGGUCCUGGUGCUCUGUUCCUGCAGGGGAAAAUGGGUUUCAGGCUUUUUUCAGGCUUUCCACCAGUUCAGCUACAACUGAAAAGCCCUAGUGCCAUAUUUAAGAGAUGCCAAUGAACUGUGUCUCCCUUCCAGCUCUGGUUAAGAUGAUCAAGUCCUUCAAGCAAACAUUUCUGUCCCUGGACCUGAAGUCCCCUCGCUGGAGCUCAACAGAGGCAGUGGCAAAGGACUAUGAACUGCGUCAGUAUGAGACAGCAAAGUGGGUCAGCACAGUCAUUAGGGGAGAAACCCAGAAGGAAGCAAUGCGCCAGGGCUUCUGGAAACUCUUCCACUACAUCCAGGGAAAGAACGAAAAAGAAAUGAAGAUUGAUAUGACUGUGCCAGUGACCUGCCUGGUAAAAUCAGGCUGCACAGACUUCAAGAUCUCUUUCUUUGUGCCAUUUGAACACCAGGACUGCCCCCCACAGCCCACUGACUCCAAUGUGUUUAUUGAGGAACGGAAGGCAGCACCUCUCUUUGUCCGGUCCUUCGGUGGAUUUGCCACCCCAGAGAAAUAUGCUGAGGAAGCUGACAUCCUGGCCAGAACCUUAAGAAACAGAGGCCAACCAUUCCACGAAGACUUCUUUUAUACUGCAGGCUAUGACAGUCCCUUCAAGCUCUUUAACAGGCAUAAUGAAGUGUGGUAUUUUAAAAAGUAAAAUGAUGGGAGAAUAUUAAGAGGCUACUAAUCAGCUCUGGAUGAAAAGACCUUAGUAUUGGCUUUUUGCUGUAGUGCAGAAGAGCAUUAAUUUGAAUG